AUGUCGACAACCGGCCCUGGCAAGCAACUCGCUCGCCACAGCUCGAACUUUUCAAAAGCUCGGCCGAGCCCGAUGCCUGCCUCUCCUUCGAGGGCUUCUCAGAGCGAUCGAAGUAUAGAGGAGAGCAGCCCUCUGGCCGUCUCGGAUCGGCCUCAUACUACACGACGGAGUAGAGCCAGCUCUGCAUCUAGCCAGCCAGCCUCCAGGACACCGGCACGGUCCUUCUUUCGUCGGUCCUUCCAUGGCCAGCUGGAUCCCGCCCAGUACUCCUCUUCCGCUGACCUCAAAGACCAAACUGCGGAGCUGGCUGCGAUUGCUGUCUCUGACAAUAUCUCGUUCCUAGGAAGCUCCCCUCGGAGCGACGCAUCUUACUCUGAUGACGGCCACCCUGAUGUUAUUGAGGAAGUCUCUGAGCCCGUCUCACCGCAAGGCUCUGAUGAGAUGGUGGCUGAUGAAGCAACUCAGUCCGGUCUGACGAUGUUGAUACAAAAUUACGCUGAGCAAGACGAGGUGGAACAUCAACAUCAGAACGGUCUACAGGGAUCUCACGAAGAUCCAGCAGCUUCUUCGAGUAUGGCCAGGGUCUCCCCGCCCGACGAGCAGACCGCGCUGCUCGGAGAUCGGAAGAGUUCGGUACAGUAUGGAGAGCUCAGUGACAUUGAAAGCCAGAAGACACACCAUCGACGUCUGCAACAAAAAUGGCACAGCUCAGUUGCACGAGCACGGUCGUGUCUGUAUCUGCUCUCUCACCCAAAGGCCUGGAACCCACGCACGAUAUAUCGAGAGGUCGUAGUCCAUCCGGCCAGUCUCUUGCCAGCCGUCUUCUUGGGCCUGCUACUAAAUAUAUUGGAUGCCUUGUCUUACGGCAUGAUUCUCUUCCCUUUGGGCCACGCAGUCUUCGAAAGCCUGGGAUCCGAUGGUAUAUCCAUGUUCUAUGUCAGCACCAUUGUGGCACAGGUCGUCUACUCCUCGGGUGGGUCGAUCUUUCGAGGCGGCAUUGGAUCAGAAAUGAUCGAGGUCGUCCCCUUCUUUCACAAAAUGGCGUUCACGAUACUGAGUAAGGUUGGCGAGGAGAACCCAAAAUCCGUGUUGGCCACCACUAUAUUGUCCUUUUCGAUCAGUGCCGUCCUUACCGGCGCUGUCUUUUUCCUGAUGGGUGCGUGCAGGCUAGGGUCUCUGAUUGGAUUUUUCCCGCGACAUAUCCUCAUCGGCUGCAUUGGUGGUGUGGGCUGGUUCCUGGUUGCAACCGGCGUCGAAGUCUCUGCCCGUUUAGCAGGAAAUCUCGAGUACAACCUUGACACCGUCAAACAACUGCUCAGGGGAGACACAAUUCUCCUCUGGACUAUCCCAUUGUUGCUUGCCAUUGUUCUGCUCGUUGUACAACGCUUUGUAAAGUCCAAUCUUUUGGUGGGCGGUUAUUUCAUUUCGGUGGCUGCUAUCUUCUACUUUUUCAAAUUCGCUCUGGGGAUCCCCAUGGACACAUUCCAUUCUCAGGGAUGGGUGUUUGACCCACCACCGGCUGGGAAUCCUUGGUACCACUUCUACACGCUCUACGAUCUCAAGGCGGUCCAUUGGGGUGCUUUAGCCGACACCAUUCCCGCCAUGUUUGCCCUGACAUUCUUCGGUAUUUUACAUGUGCCGAUCAACGUGCCAGCAUUGGGCAUUUCCACGGGCGAGGACAACCUGGAUGUCGAUCGAGAACUUAUCGCCCACGGUGUCUCCAACUGUAUCAGUGGGCUGUUUGGCAGUGUGCAAAACUAUCUCGUAUACACAAACAGCCUGCUCUUUAUGGACAGUGGAGGCAGCGAUCGGCUCGCAGGGCUGAUGCUUGCAGCUGCCACCUUUGGAGUUCUCUUGGCUGGGCCCACCAUCAUUGGUUACAUCCCUAUCAUGGUAGUCGGGGCAUUGAUUUUCCUCUUGGGCAUCGAACUGCUUGAAGAAGCCCUUGUUGGGACUUGGGGUAAGGUGCACAAACUGGAAUACGCCACCAUUGUGAUCAUUGUGGUCACGAUGGGUGUCUGGGACUUUGUGGUGGGCAUCUUGGUGGGUAUACUUCUUGCAGCUGUCAGCUUUGUCGUGCAGACCUCACGCAGGACGGCCAUACGAGCAACAUACUCCGGCCAGGUGGCAAAAUCUCUUGUCCGGAGGCCACCGGUCCAGCUGAAAUUCCUCAAGGAGACUGGCCAGCAGAUCUUCCUCCUGAAACUGGCAGGCUUUCUCUUCUUCGGCACCAUUGUGGGAGUAGAGAAUCGCAUACGAGCACUUCUGGCCGACGAUGCCUUCAGAGACCGCCCUCUACGAUUUUUGAUUUUGGACAUGGGACAGAUCAACGGUAUCGACUUCUCAGCCGCCGAAGCGUUCACCCGCAUCAAUAGAUUGUUGCAGAAACGUGCAGUUCGAUUUAUCAUCAGUGGGUUGGAUGUCGAGGGUGAGGUGGGACAAGCCCUGCGGAAUGUUGGGCUGUUCGCAGAAGAUUCAGAGGUGGAAAUUUUCGCAGAUCUCAACGAUGCGCUCGUGCAUUGCGAAAACGAGUUGUUGACGGCCUUGUAUCGUCAACAGGAGCAUCGUCGCACUAGACGUAGUGCCUCGCAUCUCGACGUCCCACGCAACCGAGCAAGUCAGGAGCUUUCACAAUCCUACAAGGCUGAGUUUAUGGGUAGCUCCCCUCGUCGGAACCUACUCCAUCAGGUCGCGCAGACCACUCUCGAUGAAGAUACUACGAGCGUGCACAAGUGGCAAUCUUUUAAGCAGCCGCUACCUCUCUUGUUGCAUAUUUUCGCAGAUGUAUCCGACAAGACUGAAGAUUUCUGGUUCCGUGCGAUGGGUUACUUUGAAAGAGCCACCUGGCCUCAAGGCUCGGUACUCUUCCGUGUAGGAGACCGAGCUUCAGCAUUUUACAUGCUAGAGGAAGGAUUGCUGCGGGCGGAUUAUGACCUCCCGCAAGGGAAGUACUCUGAACUCAUCGUGGCAGGCAGGCCUUGUGGCGAACUCCCAUUCUUCUCGCAGACGACACGGACCGCGACCAUGGUCGCGGAAAAGGAUUGCGUUCUGUGGUUGCUGGAUGAACAACGAUGGCACGAGAUGCAAGCACGAGAUCCCGACGUCGCACGAGAAUUGCUGAUCAUCAGUCUCAAACUCACCAAGGAGAGAAUGGAUGCGAUUACAUCCUACAUCCUGACCACCGCUGGUUGA